CUGGACUCGGCCAGAAGCCCAACCGGCGCACACAGAGCUGCCCAUGCCCGGAAUAGACCAUUUCAGCGCGCACAUGGGGGGGUGGCCGAGGUGUGGAGAACCACAGGAAACACAGAGCAUCAUUUCACGAAAGAAACGAGAGAGAAAUGGGACACAUUCAGGCAUUGGAUGUCCUGCAGGCUUCAGAUAAAGGACACACACCCACAUUAGUUGUCCUUGAGACCCACACAGCUCAGAUAAGCAAGGCAGCCAAGGGGUGUGUGUGUGUCCCUGCCAGAACCGGUUAUGGCCGACCAGCCACUUUCACAGGAGGCCGACCAGGUCCUAACAAAGUUCUACAAAGGAGGCCUCCCUGAAAGGAAAGGAGCCGUCAGAGAUGGCCUUCAGGCCAGAGGCCAGUGGGCCAACAAGGCUGAGUUCCUCCUGGCUGUGGCUGGACAGAUCAUUGGACUGGGCAAUGUCUGGAGGUUUCCCUACCUCUGCUACAAAAACGGAGGAGGCGUGUUCUUUGUUCCCUACUUUCUGUUCCUGGUGCUGUGUGGCAUCCCCCUGUUCCUGCUGGAGACCUCUCUGGGGCAGUAUACCAGCCUGGGAGGGGUCAGUGCCUGGAGGACGAUUUGCCCGUUGUUUGGAGGUCUCGGCUAUGCCAGCCAGGUGAUGAUCCUGCAUGGCUGCGUGUACUACAUAGUCAUCCUGGCCUGGGCCCUCUUCUACCUGGUCUACAGCUUCCAGACGGAGCUGCCGUGGUCACACUGUAACAACACAUGGAAUACGGAUGCUUGCUACUUGUUCGAUAAAUACAACCAGACGACAAACGCGAGCAGCUUGCCUGAGAAUGCCACAUCCCCAGUGAUGGAGUUUUGGGAACGGGAGGUGCUCCGCCUGUCAGGCACAUUGGAUGAGCUGGGUCCAGUCAGCUGGAAGCUAGCUCUGUGUCUGGCUGUCGUCUGGCUCGUCUGCUACUUUUGUGUUUGGAAGGGCGUGAAGUCCACCGGAAAGGUGGUGUAUCUGACCGCCACCUUCCCAUAUGUCAUGCUGUUUGUGCUGCUGGUGCGCGGUGCCACCCUCCCUGGAGCGACCCAGGGCAUCACUUACUACCUCAAACCCAACAUCACCCGCCUGGCUGACCCUCAGGUAUGGAUGGAUGCAGGUACCCAGAUAUUUUUCUCUUAUGGAGUCUGCUUGGGAAGUCUCACGGCCCUGGGCAGUUACAACAAAUACAACAAUGACUGCUAUAAGGACUCCUUCAUGCUGUGCCUCCUGAACAGCAGCACCAGUUUCUUUGCGGGUUUCGCCAUCUUCUCAGUGCUGGGCUUCAUGGCUGAGGAACAGGGUGUUGACAUAGCCUCCGUGGCUCAAUCAGGGCCUGGUCUUGCCUUUAUCGCCUACCCGAGAGCAGUCGCCAUGAUGCCUGUUCCUCAGCUGUGGUCUGUCUGCUUCUUCCUCAUGAUCAUCAUGCUGGGACUCGACACACAGUUUGUGAGUCUGGAGGCCCUCAUGACCUCGGUGACGGACCUGUAUCCCCACGUGAUCCGGCGAGGAUACCGCAGGGAGCUGCUGCUGCUCUUUGUGUGCGUGGUUUGCUUCCUGAUUGGGCUGGUCAUGGUCACGCCGGGGGGUCUGUAUGUGUUCCAGAUCUACGAUCACUUCUCCUGCAGCGGCGCCAGCCUGCUGCUGCUCUCCAUCUUCCAGUCUCUGGCCAUCGGCUGGGUCUACGGAGCCGAGCGUUUCAGUGGCAACAUCAGAGAUAUGACUGGCUACAGCCCCCUGCCGGUCUUCAAGCUGUGCUGGAAGUAUCUGACUCCAGCUGUGUGCACUGCUACCUUUAUUUUCUCCCUGGUACGUUGGUCUCCGCUGAGCCUGGGGAAAGGUCUGGUAGCUCCAGUCUGGGCCACCACGCUCGGCUGGAUCCUGACCGUUUCCUCCGUUUCCCUGCUCCCCAUCUGGGCUGUCUAUGCUCUGGUCACCACUCCUGGAACCCUGCCACAGCGCUUCCAACGCCUUUGCAGCCCUGCUGAAAAGUCCUCUAUGGCCUUCCAGCACCUGAACACCAACUCCUCAGCGCUGGCCUACAGCCCUGUGCUGCCCCUCAGUGAGAAGCCAAAGGACCAAAUCAUAGAGCUCCACCAGGACAAAAAGACAUAACAAUAAUGAACGUUAUGUGUCACUGAAUGCUGCUCAGCCAAUCAGGUGUGCCGUUCAAAACACUUGGGUUAGAAGCUGAUCCCAUCAGACUGUAUUUAAAACAAAUGUUAAAGGAGAAAUGUUAUAAUUUACCAAGAAACCUCAAGAAUCAAUAAUAUGCCUUUGUUGAAAUUGUAAAGGUAGUGUCAUUACAGAGCGCACCCAGCAGUCUGGAACUGAGACACUAAUAGCAUUGAACAACAUUAUUUAGCAAAACAUGAAUCAUUGCAAGUAAGCUGGUGGUUAACCCCUAGCUUAUGCCCUGGAUGAACUCUAUGAAGCAGAGAGAGGUCGUAAGAAAGAAGCCACACAUUAACAAAAGAACGCAAUAAAUGCAAGUUAUUGUUUGGAAGCUUUAGUAGAGCGUCCAGACCUAAACUGGGAUAAAGCUUUGUUUUAGCCUCUAUUUCUGUUCCUGGCCAUUAUAGUUGUUUUUUUUCCACAAAACAAUCAGGACACACUCCUGGAUCUUUACCUGUUUUUUUUUUAUCUCCUUAGUUGCUAUCGUAGCUUUUUAUCUAAUUUCACAUUUUAGUCGCUGUACUUGAAAACCAUGCAACCACAACUCCCUGCAGAUACCUUUUGUUUGGCAGGGGCACACGGUCCUCAGCUACAACUAUACUCUCUGUGAGAGACUGAGAGAGUGUUAGCAUGUCUGCUGAAAUGACUCCAUGAGUCAGACAUGUGAUGUCGAAUCAUUAAUCUGGACAUUUCUGGAGUUCUUACUACAUUUCGCAUCCAGACCAAGUUGACGCUGGGGUUGCAUUCGCUUGCGUACUACCACUGUAGCAGGCAAGCGCUUAACCUAAGGUUGUUGUGAACACCUUAAUAAUAAUUUUACUGAAAUGUGCAGUAGUUUGCGUCUAUGCAUUGCAGUAUUUCUGCACCUGUGAUCUGUUGGAGGAUGUCUCCAGAGUAGAUACUUCAAUAUAUUUGUUUCAACUGUUGAAAGCAAUAUUAAACUGAACUCAUACGCUGGGAAACGUAGUCAUACUGAUAGGUAAUUGAAUAAGGGUUGCAGACAUGCUUUCCUGCUUAUUUGUGAGAUGAAAAUAAAAUGAUAUUUGUAAUUGUGUUAAUACCUUCUGCAGCAGUUAUUUUGAAGGUCUCUGGAACCCUUGUUUAAAUAGUUUAAAAUAUCCCUGCUGCUUUAUAGAACAAAAAGGAACUUCUCAAAACUAAAGGUUUAAGUUAUUUUGUUGUGUUUCUUUAAAGAAGUUUACCUGUAUUGUGCUGUGUGUUUGAGUGAUGUCAUGUAAAUAAGGAGGCUUAAAAGAGCAUUUGUUGGGGCGGGGGGAGUAAAGUUACAGACCCGAACAAGCCUCCAAAUAUUAGCUUGAAUUUCAAAUAGUCAAGUCCUAAUUUAUAAGGAAUUCUGUUUACUAUCCCGAGGUUAAUUUAAGAAAAGAACAUGAAAAAUGAUAAGAAAAUGAAAAUGAUUCUGCAGAGCAAAAUGUCUCAAAGAAACUUGGAUAUCAUUUUAGUUUUAUGACAUUAUGAUAUUUAUAUAUGACAACCAAUGUAGCACUGCAUAUGACGCAAGCAAAAAUAGCGAACAAGAAUCUUGAAGUUAAUCAGUCCUGCUUGACUCGAUUGUUUGAUGCAUUUCGAUAAGUUUUGAGUUUCAAUCUUACUAAAUCUCUGGAAAUCUCUCCUCGGCUUAGCAGUGCAUGUUUCCUGAAGAGGAGUUAUCAUGAGGGGAUAAUCAACCAAUCAGAGGGUGUCUUAGAGAGCCGUGUCACAUUAAACAGCAAAUUGGAACAAUUGUUUUUCAUUAUUUUUAUUUAAACCACAUUCUCUGUCUCCGUGACACCAAAAGCUUCAGCAAAGUAUAAUUUUAGUCUUAACUCAUGAUUAAAGCCCUUUUUACUUUACUGUUUAGCUAAAAUAUGUUUUUACUCUAAGAAAUUAAGACUAUAUUUGAAGCUACAAAUAAUCAUUGGUUGUUUCAAAACCUUUCGAGCAUAACCACUGUCUGAGCUACAUAAACUUUUAUAUUUUGGAUAUUCUCAGACGCCAGCUUCUUAAAAUAAGAGAAUUCUUCGACCGGAUUUAAAAGCCCAACUAAGACAUUUUGAAGUGAUGGGGAGAAAAGCAGUUAAAGUUUAUGAAAAACACAAAAAAACAACCCCAUCGUACUCAGAAGAGAGAUCUGAAACAGGACAAAACAGGGCAUACAUUAAAGGUUUCCUUUACACACUUUUACAGCCAGUAACUGGAUACAAUUUCAUAUUUGAAAUGAGCUAAAAAAGAAAUCUGGCUCGUGACAAACACUGUUAGGCUCCACUUUAUUUCCUUAUGUUUGUGAAAAUAUUCCACUUUUUCUCUUUACAUUUCACCACUUAAAACCCAUAAAUUCUAAGAAUGUCUUUUUUUUUUUUUUUUUUACAAACACUCUUAUAAACCUCUAUAAUUACUGUGCGGUGUAAGGAUGACUGUUUUAGGAUGUACUGGGGCUCUCAAAAGUGUACACACCUCUAUUAAAACACCAGCUGUGUGACAUAAAAAAACCACGAUAAAUCAUUGUGUAACUCUUUGCACGUAUGUCACAUUUAUCCUGUACAAUUUAACUUAAAAACAAAUCUGUUAGAGGGAAAAUACAAAGGAAGACAUUUUUACAACCUCGUUGCAUAAAUAUGCACACCCUUCUGGUAAUAUUUGUCCAUCCUGCCUUGCAACAGUUCCCUAAAUCUAUUAGAUUUAGAUGUUUCCAUCAGAUUUUGUUCUAGACACUGGUGAGGUCAGACCUGACCUUUUAAUUUUCUUCUGCUGAAGCCACUCUUGUUAAAGUUUGACAUACACCUGGACUUACAAUAAUGCUCUUCAGCUUUUUACCAGACACCUGAAGGUUUUGGCUGGUAUCUAGAAUUAUUCAUGAUUUCAUCCACCUUGACAACAAGUGUGGUUGCAUCUAAGGGACAGUAACCCCAGAGCAUGAUGCUGUCACCACCAUGUUUCACUGUUUGCAUAUGAUGUGCUGUCGUUUUAGUGUCAAACUUAACCUUUAGAGUUCUGUCUAAAGCUUCAUGUUUGAUUUAUGACGGCAUAAAGGUUUCUGCCACAUGGUUUUGAGGUUUUACAAUACUUUGAAAGAUUGUUGCAGGUUACUGCCAUGCUGAAAUCUCUGUACCUUCAAGCUGCUUUAUUUCAGUGUUCACUAGAAUGGAUGGAAGGUGUGAACUCAAGAAGAUUGUCUUUCCCUUGAAUUGUUCAGGAUAUAUGGUACAUUAUAUGUGGAAAAUGUUCUGAAAUCACAGGAACCUGGGGAUUUAACCGGGGUGUGUACCCUUUGGAAGGCUAAUGUAUGUGAAAAGAAUGAAGAUGUAAAGAUGUCUUGUAGUUUUAUGUACAUGCUGAUUUUCAUUUUAUUCUCCUGUAAAUGUCUGUGGGGUUACGCUGUCAGACAUGCUUUAAUAAUUUACUCUGGGUCCGGAGAUCAGCUUCCUGCUCUGUAUGUCCAGGACAAAAUGUACUGUAUGCUGGGAUCGCUUGUGUAGAUCUUUGAAAUCGGGUAGAAGUGAAGUUUUUCAUGAGCCGGUGUGAUGUUUUAAACAUGUAAGAGAUCCCGUAAGCAAAUUUAGAAUGUGCUGUCUUUCCGAAUUCCUUUGUAGGUUCUUAAGCUUUUGCAUCAACUCUUCCACUUAUCUUCUCUGUUUACAGCUUUGUACAUGUGCCUCUUUUGUUGUUUUCUCUUCUGAAUCAAUAUAUGUACUCAUUGUGG